GAAAAAAAAAAAAAACUUUAGCUUUAGAUUUCUAGUGAGGGAUGUGAAAGGAGCUGUGCCGCUUUUAAGAAGAAGAAGAAGGAACUGUCUCUCUGUGUAGUAAUACGAUUUGUGUUUAUUUUGUUUGUUUUAAGACUUUUUAUAGAGCAGGCUUGUGUUUUAACAGGCUGGAGUGUCCAGUGCGCAAAACGCGUGACCGCAGACGACGAGUUCAGUUACAAUAUUGAGUGCAGGCAGGGCAGAUCCCGAAGCCGGACGCACAGCGAGAUCUGCUCCUUGUUAUUUCCAGCCACAGGAUCACUGGUGGGAAGUGAAGGAAAAGGUCUCUGUGCCCAUUAUGGAAAGUAUGUUAGAUAGUCUCAUGAGAACGGAGUUCAUUAGUGUGUGUGUUCAGGACCCAAGGCUCCAUAAAGAUGACUUCUGGCACACACACAUCGACUACAGCAUCUGUUUACAUACCAAUAGCAUGUGUUUUAGGAAGAAGAGUUCCUGUGUGAGGCGGCGGUACAGUGAGUUUGUCUGGCUGCGCCAUUGUCUGCAACAGAAUGCUCUGAUCAUAGAGUUGCCCAAGCUGCCCCCCUGGAACCCGUUCUUCAGUCUGAACAACACAGAGCAGGUCAACCAGAGGAUGAAGGGCCUGCAGGAGUUUUUAGAAAUUGUUCUACAGACGCCUUUGUUGCUGUCAGACAGUCGGCUCCACCUGUUCCUCCAGUCAGACCUCAGCAUUACAAAGAUAGAGAGGUGUGCUCAGGGCCAGACAAAGUACACAGUAGCCGAGGCCAUCCAUCGUUCCAGCAGCAGCUCCAUCACCAACCUCCCUCUAGAGGACAUGAGAAAGGCCUCCUGUGAUUCUGCCUUUGAUAGCUCAUUGUCAUCAGGGUUUGGUGUGGACACCCCUCUGCGAGGUAGCCCCCUUCCCUUCUUUGAGUCCUCCAGCAGAGACACAGACCUGUUCAGCAAUCUUUCAGAGUCACCCUCUGAAGAAAAGCACAUUGAGCCCUGACGAGCAGCGUUAUAGCAGUUUUGUCCAGCCACCUUCCCCUCUGUUUAGAUAAGGGUCAUCUGUGUGUCAACCUGUUGGUGCACAUGAAUACUCAGUGAAGCUCUUGCCUUACAUGGUUAAUUGCUCAAGGAUUUAAAAAUUGUCGUUGACUUCUGUUAGCUUCUUGAUAUCCCCACUAAUCUUUUAAAAAGUCUUUAAAAAGUAUAUGCUAAAGCUAAUUCACUGUUACAAUCUGUAAUGAGUUGUAUGUCUGAAUGAGUUGUAUAUCUGUAAAUUUGAUCUUAAAACAAUAUCCCAGUCCUUUAACUUCUGUGAACUUGUAAAAUAUUAUCUCUCCUUUCUUUUAAAUGUGGAUGGCUAACUUUCAUCUGUAAUGAGAAAAUUCUUAAUUAUUUUGUAUGUUUUUAUCUGCACUAUAAAAUGUAUUAAGGUUAGCAAGGGACAUGUUUUGAAUUGUAGACAGGCUUUUUAGAUGUUUGAAAAAUACUUUGCUUAGUGAAGUUAUCAGUGUAUAAAUAAACUGGCUUUUUUUUUUUGGAAGAA